CGGAAAUCUGGCGAUAACACGGGGAUACGGCCGGACGAGGCACUUCAUUCCCAUCCAAGUGGUGGCGACUUGGGCGCUAUAAGAUGCUAAAAGCAAGACAUUAUCGGGGCACGUUGUUCACAGCAGUGCAAGAAUGAGCUCGACAGAAGACAUCGACAUCGAGAAGAAGAACGUGGUCGCGCCGUCUACAGGCGACGGCGCGAGCACGCCAGCGACAGUGGCGCUGUCGAUAGAGCCCAAGGCUGGCAACGACCUCGGUCCGCCACCAGACGGCGGGUUCGACGCGUGGAUUACCGUCUUUGGCGGGUUCUGCGCCUCGUUCGUACAGUUUGGACUGGCCAACGCGUUCGGUGUCUUCCAGGCAUACUACAAGACGCACCAGCUCGCACAUUACUCGUCGUCGACGAUUUCGUGGAUCGGCUCGGUGCAGCAGUUCAUCCUUUUCUUCGGGGGGCUGUUCAGUGGCCGCCUUUUUGACGCGUAUGGUGCCAAGGCGUUGCUCGUGCCGGGCACCUGCCUGUUCGUACUCGCGAUCAUGAUGACGAGCUUGUGCAAAGAAUACUACCAGUUCAUGCUGGCCCAAGGCAUCCUCUUCGGCAUCGGCUCAGCCAUGAUCUUCCACCCGACCGUAUCGGCCCCGUCGCAGUGGUUUGAGCGCAAGCGCGCACUGGCGACGAGCAUAGUCGUCGCUGGCUCCGGACUCGGGGGCACGUUGUGGCCCAUUGCUCUGGAGCGGCUCAUGAACGAGAUUGGCUUCGGGUGGGCCCUCCGCACGGCGGGAUUCCUGUCCCUCGCGCUGCUCGGCGUCGCGGUCGCCUGUGUCCGCACGCGCCUGCCGCGGCGCAAGGCGCAGUCGUUUGCCGGCCUCCUGAGCCCGCUCAAAGAGGCCCACUUUACGCUGUUGGCCGUCGGCGUCGCCCUCGCCUCGUGGGGCAUGUUCAUGCCCUUCUUCUUCGUCACGACGCACGCAGCCCAGCUGGGCGCGGGGUCAAACCUCGCCUUCUACUCGCUCUCCAUCCUCAACGCCGGCUCGACACUCGGCCGCGGGUUCGCAGGCGUCGCUGACAAGUUUGGCCGGCUCAACUCGAUCACGCUCGGCGCGUCGCUCACCGGCAUCUUGUUGCUCGCCUUCUGGAUCCCGCUCAACUCGGUGCCGGCGCUGCUUGCGUUUGCGCCGAUUUACGGCUUCGUGGCAGGCAUCAUCAUCAGCCUUGUCCCGCCCAGCGUCGCGCAAAUGUCCCUCCCCCACCAGAUUGGCGCGCGCGUCGGCCUCACGUACGGCAUCAUGGCCUUCUUCACGCUGUCGGGACCGCCUAUCAACGGCGCCUUGCUGAGCGCCGGGGGCGGUGGCCGCAAGGGGUUCCAGUACGCCGGCGCCUUCUCCGGCGCUGUUGUGUUCGCUGGCGCCGUCUGCAUUUUUACGGCACGGCUCAAGAUCAACAAAAAGCUGUUGGCCGUGGUGUAGCGGGCGUGGCUCUCGCCUCUAGCGUAGAGAGUCGUGUCCCCUCCCAUAGACCCAUGCACACGUCUCAAACACG